AAUUUUCAGUUUUCAGUCUGUCCCCAAACACCAACCGAAACACAUUCGUACUUGAUUUACACUCCAUCUGAUUUUUGUUAAUUUUACAAGUUAUUUAAAAGUUAACCGACGAUGAAUUGCUUGGAGAAGAAGUCGCCGGAGGCGAUUGCCGAGUGCAAGGGCAAGACCAUCGAGCUGAAUCCCGGAUCAGCUUGUCCGGCUCCGCUGAUUUGUCCCCUGCCAACGGAGCCGCCCUCCCACCGCCUGAAGAAGCCGCCGCAGCCCGCCCUCGUGGCCCUGACCCCUCACCCCGAUGAGGCCGCGCAGCAGCACCUGGUGCAGAAUAUCAUGGGUGCCGCCCAUGAGCACCAGAAGCUACAGGGCGACCUUCAGGCGGGCGUCGACCAGCAGCAGAUGCAAAUGGCCGACAUUCGGGCCGAGCAGUACAAACAAUCGCAGAGGCCGGUGAAAAUGGAGGAAGUGCAGUUUGCGCGUGCAAUGGAUCCAGAAGCUGAUGACCUUCGAAAUCCGCCAUGCUAUUUGCCCCAGCAAGGUGACGAAUUGCCCCACAAGGACCAGUUGAUGCCCAUGGGUCCCAUCGGGCCGUGGGCCUCGGGCAAAGUGGACUGGAGUCCCAUGGCGGGUAUUACAGGCACACGACCCGUUGUGGAUCGCUACUCGAUCACGCGAUAUAGUCCCAAUGAGUGGCGAACAAGGAAUCACGAGACGGUGCAGGUGGUCAACGGCAGUCUGGGCAGGGCGGAUAAAAACCGCUUCAGUUCGACCACCGAGUUCCUGAGACUCUCGGCCCUGGUGGCCAAGUCGCAGAAUGAGACCACCGACAAGCUGAGGAUCCGUUCGCAGCUGAUUGGCAAGUGGAAGAACACCCUGGAGAAUGCCAUCAAGGCAAUGGCCGAUGAGAUUUCCACCAUGGAGGUGGAGCGCAUAAAGCUGAGGAAAUCGAUGGUGGUUCUCGGAGUUCCCGAGUCUAUUGCCAAGGAGUGUAUUGAAAAGAGGGCUACAAGGCCGGAUACCGAAUUGGUUCGCGAUCAGGUGGAGGAGGAGCUGGUCAACGAGCUGGCCCUGAUUGCCGAGAUCCGACGGCUGUUGAUGAAGACCCUCGAUGACUUCAACACCCAGCAGGUGGAGAAUCGCACGGCUCGGCAGCGACUCGAAUACGAUUGGAGUGACAAGAAGGAGGCGUAUGAGAUUGAUACCCUGAACACGGGCCUGAACAAUUGCUCUAGGACGAUAAUGUUUAGACCAGGAGCAGUAAGACAGCCACCGGAGCAGGCUUCGGAGAAGUACUGGGAGCACUUCAGCAUGGAAACCCUGGACGAUUGUGAGAAGUGUCGCCUAAGGUCGGUGACCCUGCGGAAUACGCUGAACGCAACGAUGAUGAAUGCGGCUCGGGAUAUUCGCACGCAGGCCGAUGUCGUCGAGAAGGCUUUGACUUCCAGGAUCAAUUGCACCCAGGAGGCGGUGCAGCGGUUCGAGAAUGACCUAAAGCAAAUCCUGCAGGGCCUGGCCGAUGUGGAGAACCGCAUUGAGCAGAUGAAGCGACGCAUUGCCUCCUUCGACGCCUCCAUGAAGGUGGCCCAAACGCGCAUGGACAACCGCAGCUAUCGGCCCAAUGUGGAGAACUGCCGGGAUUUGGCUCAGCAGGAGCUCAUCGACGGAGUGCACACCAUCCAGAGCAGCGUUUCGGCUCUGCUCCACGAACUGGAGGAGGCGGAGCGGGUCAAGACGGAUCUGGUCAGCUCAAGGGCUCGGCUUGAACGGGAAAUAAUGCUAAAGAGGCGCAGCCUGUUCAUCGAUCGGGAGCGCUGCAUGCUGAUGCGAUCGCAUUAUCCAUCGGCGAAUACUCUAAGUGGUUCCGCCACAUCCUAAAUGGACCCCCUUUUGGAGGUGUCUAAAUUGUGGAGUGUUACGAAUUUGACAGGGGAUCUCUAAAUUGAGUGUUUUAAAUCAAUUGAGGUUUUAUAACCGCUGUCUGAAUUUAUCAAAAUUUACAAGUGCUUAAAUGUGUGAAUAAAACAUGUCAUGUUGACAUAACCAAAAA